UUUGAUAUUGGUAGCAUUCAGUUUACUGGGUAUUUUCUAUGGUGCCCAGGGUCAGACUCUUAGUCAGACUGUUUCGACUGCUGUUAACACGUCUAUGAAGAAGAUUGACACAUCAAUGGUAACCGUCAACACCACUAUUGCAGACGCAGAGAAGACCGCUCUCACAGCAGUGACCGCGUUUGCAACGGCAGUUAAUCAGACGAUCGUUCCUCUGCUUACCAAGUAUAGCGCUUACGGAGUGGACAUAUCCUUGGUAGCAGAGACCGUCACCGGGAUUUCUGAUCAGCUAGCCGAUGCUAAACAGAUACUGCAGACCGUCAGUGUUGAUCGAUCAGCAAUCACCCAAGUUCUAGCUCACGUUGCAGCCAUCAACCAAACGUUAAACGCUGCCGCUGAUAAUAUGACUACACUGUCGCUGACGGGAGGCAAAAAUAGUGCUACCUGCCUGACGAAAUAUGGAAAGAUGCUUUCCGCAGCACCGGUUUCGGUAGACAGGAUUAACACGUGUAUCACUUCCGAGAUAACUCCGAUAAAAUCGUUAGCGACCAACGUGACUACGAUAUUUUCGUUGGCCCAAACGAUCGCUACCCAAAUGCUCAGUAUGAUCAAUAUCUGUUUACCGACACCGAACCGCCAGUGUAUAGAACAGUUUUACGGCUUAUUCGGUGAUAUUGGUUACAACGCAAUCAACAUACUGGAUUUAUUCCAAGGAUUUUCUGCUCUAUUCAACACAAUUACGUUCCGAUUGGGACGUUGUUCCGCACUGGUUAGUGCAGACGUCAGCGUAUUGUCAGCGACCUAUACCGAUAAUUUUGUGAAAUGUCUUACGACGGGUUCGUAGAUUUUAAUUAAGUUUCGAAUGUUAUAAAUAAAUCCAGCAACUGAUUAGUCGCGGUAUGUACUAUG